AUGGUGCAGCCAAGCGACGGAAAGCGCACCUAUGGACGUGGAGUUCAACUAGGCAAUGAUGGUUCCUUAUAUCACAUUGGCUCGCUGGCUGGAUCUGAAGGUAUUGGCUAUUCUCGAGGGCAGACACAGGUCGCUAUACUGACGAAUACUCGUGGUCGCGAACAAGCACAACACACAGCAUGGAUGGAACGACUUUGCCGCCUGUUUGCCUCGCACACCCUGAUAUCGUAA